AUGUCUAAUCACACAGAAGUUACCAUGUUUGUUUUGAUGGGCUUCACAAAGAAUCUGGAGCUACAAAUUAUCCUUUUUGUUUUAUUCCUAGCAGUCUAUCUCUUUACAGUGGUGGGGAAUCUGGGAUUGGUGGUGUUGGUUGUGGUGGAUUCCCGGCUCCACACUCCCAUGUACCAUUUCUUGAGUGUCUUGUCUUUCUUGGAUGCCUGCUAUUCCUCAGUGAUCACACCUAAGAUGUUAGUCAAUUUUUUGGUAGAGAAUAAGACCAUUUCCUUCUCUGGUUGUGUAGCCCAGAUGCUUAUCUCUGUAACUUUUGGGACUACUGAGUGUUUCCUCUUGGCUGCCAUGGCAUAUGACCGCUAUGUAGCAAUCUGUAACCCAUUGCUAUACACAGCCAUCAUGACUCCACGAGUCUAUGUGCCUCUCAUCAUUGGUUCAUACAUAGGGGGUAUUUUACAUGCCAUUUUACACACUGUGGCUACAUUUAGUUUAUCCUUUUGUGCCUCCAAUUUGAUAAAACACAUCUUCUGUGAUAUCCCUCCACUCCUGGCCAUCUCCUGUUCUGACACCCAUAUCAAUGAACUGUUGCUUUUCACCUUUGUGAGCUCAAUUGAGAUCUUCACCAUCCUGAUUGUCCUGGUUUCCUAUGGCUUCAUCCUGGUUGCUAUUCUGAGGAUCCGUUCAGGGAGAAGGAAAGUCUUCUCCACCUGUGGCUCUCACCUGACAGGUGUUUCCAUCUACCAUGGCACUAUCCUCUUCAUGUAUCUUAGGCCCACAACCAGUUAUGCUUUGGGUCAUGACAUGGUGGUAUCUGUGUUUUAUACCAUUGUGAUACCUAUGUUAAACCCCAUCAUCUAUAGCUUGAGGAAUAAAGAUGUGAAAGAGGCAGUAAAAAAAGUUUUGGGGAGCAACAAGUUCACUAAUCACCUUUAA